AUGACGGACCUCCAGCCAAGACUCCCGCCCGAACUCGAGCGAGCAAUAUUUGCGAUGGCUGCGGCUCUUCAUCCAUCGAUGACUGUCCCGCUGCUCCUCGUUGCCCGCCGUGUGCUGAUUUGGAUUGAGCCCAUGUUAUAUUCGUCUACGAUACUGGAAGAGGAGUCUCAUCUCGACGCCUUCUUGCGCAUGGUAGCGCGCGAUCCGGAAAUGGCGCGCGGUGCUGUGCGACAUGUCGUUGUUCCCUUCACUCGAGGAACAACGGCGGCCCAAGAUACCAUUCGAACGGCGCUCAGUGCUUGUACAAGACUCGACAGAUUGGCCGUCGGUUCUUGUACGUGGUCCGCCGCGCUUCUCGCCGACCUUUCCGCCGCUGGAGUCCGCCUCACGCGCUUUGCUGGCCACGUCACCACUGGGGGUCCAACAGGCUUCUCGACCUUACAGCUCCUGUUUGGCGCACUGACUCAUCUCGAAGUAUUUGACGAGCUGCACGAUGCGACUCCUCUCCUUACUGCUCUUCCCUGUCUCACGCACGUCGCUAUCAGCAUGCCCACAAUGAAUGACGGUGAGCGGGCAGUAAACGACCUAAUGCGCUCUUUGCCGCGUCUAAAGGUCUUUUGCAUCGUAUGGAGCAUCAACAGGCACACAUCCACGUCCCACUUUGUAUUCACAGACGCGCGGAUCGUUAUGUGCGUCUAUGAAGAGUGGUUCGACGCAAUCGUGGACGGGCCCAGCUAUUGGGAACUCGCGGAAGUUCAUAUCGCCAAAAAGGCCCGGCGCGAGAUUCCGGAUAAUGAGUGCUGGGCGAGCGUUGAAUAG